AUGAGGCUCCAUCGUGUUGUUAGAGGUGGGGAUCAAAAUACAAGACACGCAGAGCAGCAAGAAGACGGACUAUCUGCCCUUCAUUCUCCUCCUGCACCCCUUCUCCUAUUGAUUCGACGGCUCUCUCUUCCAAAAAAUGAGACAUUUCUCCUUAUUCGCGUUUUCUGUCUUGUUUCAAUUCGUACUAACCCCAACACUUUCUGCGAGGAUACGUUCGCCCAGCCAAACGUUGAUUUCCUAUUCAACUGGACCUGGUUCCAAGCGAUUCCGGCGCUUAUAGUUUACGCGUUAUUCCUGCGAAAUGGGUUGAGAGUGGUGGAUGAAGAGUUGACCGCCGAGAAGUCGACAAGAAUCCGUUGGUAUAUGACAAGAGUUGUGUGUUUUGCUAUUCUCCACUCGAUUCUUGAUGUCGUCCUUGUCUGCCACAUGGAGGCGGUGUCUGUGGUAAGGGGAUCAUUUUUGUAA